AUGCGCUCAUUGGCAUUAAUAUCACUUGCCUGGGUGGGCCUUGUCAAUGCUGCAUCUGCGUCCAGUGAUUGGGAUGCUGCGGUCGGAAAGGCGAAUGAUUUCCUCUCACAGUUGACACUGGCUGAAAAGACGGCUGUCGUGACCGGCGCGAACCCAUUGACAGGACUUGGCUGCAUCGGGAGUAUUGGACCCAUUUCACGACUCAACUUUAGCGGCAUAUGUUUCUCUGACGGCUCCUCUGGAGUCAACCGUGCCGACUUGACCAGCGUAUUUCCGGCCGGGCUUACAACAGCGGCGACAUGGGACCGCGACCUCAUGUACCAACGCGCCGCUGCAAUCGGCGACGAGUUUCGUGCCAAGGGCAUGCACGUAGUUCUUGGUCCAGUCGCCGGGCCUCUUGGACGCCACCCGCUGGGCGGUCGUAAUUGGGAGGGAUUCUCAGCAGAUCCAUAUCUGACUGGCGUUGCAAUGGAUCACAGCAUCCGCGGAUUCCAAAGCACGGGUGUCCAAGCUGUGGCCAAGCACUACAUCGGAAACGAACAAGAGACUCAGCGGACCAAUCUGACUUUGGCAGAUGGAACCAACAUUGAUGCCGUCUCGUCCAACAUGGAUGACCGAACCCUGCACGAGGUAUAUCUCUGGCCAUUCGUGGAUGCCAUCAAUGCCAAGCCAGCUGCGGUCAUGUGCAGUUACAAUCGGUUCAACCAGACGUAUACUUGCGAGAACUCGAAGCUCCUCAAUGGUAUAUUGAGAGAUGAGUUGGGCUUUGAGGGCUAUACAGUAUCCGAUUGGUAUGCAACGCACUCUACAGAAGAUUCGAUCAACGCUGGUCUGGAUAUGGAAAUGCCGGGUACGACCGUGCCUGGACAAGGAGUCUCGUGGUUCGGAGAUCGUGUCGCAGCGGCCGUAGAGAACGGAACCGUAUCGACCGACAGACUCGAUGAAAUGGUUCGGCGCAUCAUGACCCAGUACUAUUUAUUGGGCCAAGACAUCACCGACUACCCUACUCUCGAUCCUUCCUCCCUUUCCGUCAUUGCAUCGCAGUAUCAGCAAGAACUCGGCUCUCUCGUCACCAACCCUCCAGCACGCGACGUCAGAGGAGACCAUGCCACGCUCAUUCGUCAAGUCGGAGCUGCAGGCGCUGUCCUCCUCAAGAAUGUCAAUGGUACUCUACCCCUGGUGUCCCCCGCCAACAUUGGAGUGUUUGGCAAUGACGCCGGUGAUCUGACGGAUGGGCUCGUCUAUCAAGAUCCGCCAGCCACAAAUGUCGGGUUCGAGUACGGCACACUUGACAUUGGUGGAGGCUCUAGCAGUGUCCGACACACCUACGUGGUUACGCCGUUGGAAGCCAUCAAGGCGCGCGCUCGGCAGACAAAUGCCAGAGUACAAUACAUUUUGAACAAUGAGCGACUGGCGGUUGGCGACUUUCAUAGCAUAUACCCGGUUCCCGAUGUGUGCAUCGUGUUUCUCAAGACCUUUGCCGCCGAAGGGUUUGAUCGGGUAUCUUUUGAGGCCGAUUGGAACUCGACUGCGGUGGUAAAUCAGGUGGCUGACAAGUGCAACAACACUGUGGUUGUCACACACUCGGUCGGCGUCAACACCAUGCCUUGGGCGAACCACACAAAUGUCCGAGCCAUCAUUGCCGCUCACCUUCCGGGCGAGGAGACGGGCAACUCCAUUGCCGACAUUCUUUGGGGUGAUGUCAACCCAUCCGGGCGGCUGCCAUAUACGAUUCCAGUCCAAGAGGCAGACUACGAUAUCCCCAUUGCAAAUCUCACUAGUGACGAGGUCACUUACCCUGGUGCAUGGCAAUCCAAUUUCACCGAUGGACUUUUGAUUGAUUACCGACAUUUUGAUGCGCUUGACAUCGAACCACUGUAUGAGUUUGGAUUUGGACUGAGUUACACCACCUUUGAAUUGACCACAGAUCUCUCGAUUACACCAUUAUCAUCAGCUGCUCCCGAUCCACUCCCAGCCGGCAAUCAAUCCAAUCCACUCACUGAUUUUUACGCGCCGCUCGUCAACGUGACAGCCCAAGUCGCGAAUACGGGCGACAGGGACGGCGCCUCCGUGGUCCAACUAUACCUGUCAAUGCCCUCGGAGUCGACUCCAGCCGGGACUCCUGUGCGUGUUCUCAGGGGCUUUGAAAAGGCACAGCUGGCCACAGGCGAAGCAAAGAGCGUGGUGUUUCAAUUGAGCCGAAGGGAUCUCAGUUAUUGGAGCACCGUUGAUCAGGCGUGGCGCAUACCGGCCGGCCAAUUCCAGGUUCAAGUUGGCUUUAGCUCCCGAGAUCUGCCAAAGUCAGCACAGCUGUCCAUCUUGUGA